AUGACCUUUUCUAAGACCUGCUCUCUUUUCCCUGUUCUUGGGCAAACCCCUUCACAACUCCUGUUUGCUGGCCUAGGGAUUGACUCCCUAGGUUGGCCGCCUUCUCCACUUGUCCGACUUCCUACGCCUCCGCCGCCUUUCCCAUCAGGUCUAAGCAAUGAGUCUCUAACGCCACUCUCCAACCUCCAAAACCCAGACACAGAGCCCCCCUCUGCAAUGGAUGUCGACGAUCCUGCUAUGGACCCAGACCUUGAAUGGGAGACCGUCCCAGAGACAUUGAAGGAUGAUGACACAUUUGUGCAUGCAGUUUGGGAUAUUGUUGGAAGCCAGUGGAGAGUGUAUAAGGAUGGGCGAACAUGGCACCAGCGUGUUACCCACCUCCAAGAGAACUGGGGACCAAUCAUCAACAAUUUGACUCUAGCCUAUCUAACUUGGAAGUACCCUUCAGAGUCUCUCCCCAAGGAUGCAGCACCUCCACCAUCACCAUCCCUAUCAGCACCACCUUCAAGUUAUGACUUUGAAAUUGAAUGUAUUGACCUUUACACACUGUCCAGUGUGACUCACAUCCAGCACAACGCUGAUGUCAAGACUGUCUCUGAGGCUCUUGUUCUGAAUGGUUAUAUUGGAGCAACUCUGCAAUCUCCCUCCAUUGCUAUCUCACUUCGCACACUGGAACUGUACCGCAGAAUGUUAGAAUAA